AUCUGUUCACGUUCACAUUGUUCGGCAGUGAAGACACCAUCUAAUGCCCAGCAACACGGCAAGAACCGGGCCCAGAAACAACUGACCGGCGAGAACUCCUGCCAGACCGGGGAAACGUUCCAAAAAUGCAUGAAAAGGCCAAGAAAUCUCGAAGCCUCCGGUCGCGAGUGAUGACGUCAAGGCGACAUCGCGUCGGGCCGAGUGGAUGACAGCUCUGCAAGGUACAAAAUGAACCUCGACCCGACAGUCUCGACUGAAUGACGGAGGAGCAUCAAUGAAUCCAUUCGAAAGAUCGUUGCCAAACAAUGCUGGUCGGACAGGUUGCCGGUCAUGGUGAGUGGAAGAAGCGAGGCCAUUUUAGUCACAACGGCGGUCAUUCUGGGGAUAUCGCAGUUCACCGUGUUUCUGCGAUUCUACGUGCGGCUUCGCCUGGUCCGGUCCUUUGGAACCGAUGAUUGGAUUAUGCUGAUUGCGUCAAUUUUCAACAUCGGAUUCGGAAUCUGCGGAAUCCUUGGGGCCGUGUAUGGCAUGGGCCAGAAGACGCCCUAUUUUGCUAAUCGUCCAGACCACUAUCGAUGGGCGAUGCUGUGUUUCUACUUCGGACAGGUGUUCUACGUCGUGACCUGCGUCCUUGCAAGGCUUUCGAUCGCCCUCUCGUUGCUUCGUCUGACAGUUGAACGGAUCCACUCCCUCAUGCUAUACAUCAUUACAGCCCUGUCAAUUAUGGCAGGGCUGAUAUUCUUCUUCUUCACCGUCUUCCAGUGCCAACCUGUCCACUAUUUCUGGAAUCGUAUAGAUACCCCGGGGCGGUGUCUGAACAUGGAUCUUCUCCUGGGGAUAGUGUACAUGUACAGCGCGGUGGCGGCCAUCUGCGACUUUACAAUCGGCCUGCUACCGGCCUUCAUGGUGUGGAAACUGAAGAUGAAUCAACGGACCAAGGUCGCGGUGGCCGGGCUAUUAGGCAUUGGAUGCGUGGCGAGCUCGGCAGUCAUCGUACGCAUGCCAUUCCUUCAAUUCUCGAAGCAUCCCGAGUUUCUCUAUCAGACCACGCAGAUCGCCAUCUGGUCCCACGUUGAAGCGGGUCUCGGUCUGACGGCCGCAAGCCUGAUGACUAUCCGACCUCUACUUCGCGCCAUGCAUGUGUCGUCACCGCGAUCGAGCGGCUAGGAAAUCGAAGAAAGCGACGAGCGCCAGAUCACGGGGCCCUGUGUGAUACGGCCGCCGAUGCCAGCAAGAACAGCGACUUUGGCGUCGUUGCAACUCGCGAUUGCGUCUUACUGAAACCAUACGGAGGGUGCUGAAAACUUAGGGUUGUCUAACAGUCAGCUGAAUAUCGUCGAGCUCCGAGACAAUUGAAAAAAGAAGUUGAAUUAAAAUACAAAUAUAUCUCGUCCUGCAUGUCAUUAUCACCUGUUGUUCAAACCGCCUCGCCGACUGUGAGAGAUGAGAU